AUGUCCGACUCCAGCUCCAAAUUCCGCGAUCUACCCCGCGCCCCGGGGCCCGUGAUUUGCCCAUACAAGGGAAACCAUGUCCUCCAUGGAUCCAAAUAUAACAAAGGCUCGGCCUUCCCAGACCAUGAGCGGUCGACAUUCAAGCUCCACAGUCUCCUCCCGCCGAACAUCCAGACAUUGGAUGAGCAAGUUCAGCGCGCUUAUGAGCAGUAUCAAAGCAGAGCAGGCGACCUAGCCAAGAAUACCUUCCUGGCUAGCAUGAAGGCUCAGAAUGAUGUGCUGUACUAUAAGCUCGUGCAAACCAAUCUCAAGGAGAUGUUCAGCGUGAUUUACACGCCUACUGAGGGAGAUGCGAUUCAGAAUUACUCGCGAUUGUUCAGAAAGCCUGAAGGGUGUUUCUUGAAUAUCAAUGACCAGGAUAACUUUGAUGAGUAUCUCUCUGGGUUUGGAACUGAGGAGGAUGUUGACUAUAUUGUCGUCAGUGAUGGGGAAGAGAUUUUGGGCAUUGGGGACCAAGGUGUGGGUGCAAUUCUCAUAUCGGUUGCCAAACUGGCUAUUACCACGCUCUGUGCUGGAAUCCAUCCUUCGCGCCAGCUUCCUGUUGUACUAGAUUGCGGUACAAAUAAUGAGGAGUUGCUCGAUGACAAACUGUAUCUCGGCCUCCGACAGCGCCGGGUCAGAGGAGAGAAGUACGAUGAGUUUGUGGACAGAUUUGUCGCGGCUGCCCGCAAACGAUUCCCCAAGGCUUACAUCCACUUCGAGGAUUUCGGUCUGGAUAAUGCUCGAAGGAUACUCGAUAGAUAUAAGUCAAAGAUACCCUGUUUCAAUGAUGACAUCCAGGGCACAGGAUGUGUCACAUUGGCCGCCAUGUUGGCUGGCCUUGAAGUCAGCAAAGUCAAUCUGGAGGAUGUACGAGUAGUGAUCUUCGGCUCGGGAACGGCUGGUACCGGCAUUGCCGACCAGGUUUCAGAUACCAUCGCCACUAAGACAGGAAAGUCGAAGGACGAAGCAUCAAAGCAGAUCUGGUGCAUUGACAAGCCCGGUCUCCUUAUGAAGUCCAUGGGUGAUAAGUUGACCGAAGGCCAGAAACCUUUCGCACGGAACGACGAUGGGUGGUCGGACAGUGAUCGAGAUCUUCUGUCGGUCGUCAAAAAGGUUCGCCCCCAUGUGCUUAUCGGGACCUCAACCAAGCCCGGAGCAUUCACCGAAGAUGUCAUCCGUGCGAUGGCCGAGCACGUAGAACGACCGAUUAUCUUCCCGCUGAGCAAUCCGACACGACUCCACGAGGCGAAGCCGGUUGAUCUCUAUAAAUGGACCGACGGGCGAGCCCUCGUUGCCACGGGUAGUCCAUUCCCGCCAGUCGCCCAUGACGGCACGCAAUUUGAAAUCGCGGAAUGCAACAACUCAACCUGCUUCCCAGGUAUUGGUCUGGGAGCAGUCCUCUCGCAGUGCCGUCUUGUGUCCAAGAAGAUGCUAGUCGCUGCCGUCGAGGCACUCAAGGCACGGUCACCGGCCCUACAAGACUCUAUGAAGCCGUUGCUACCCGAUGUAGAAGAUGUGCGCGAAAUCAGCGUGGAUAUUGCCACCGCCGUGAUUUUGUGUGCUGCGGAGGAGGGCCUGGCACAGGCAGAGGGCAUCCCUACCACUGAAUCGGAGCUACGAGAGUGGAUUCGAAUUCAGAUGUGGGAGGCUGAGUAUCGGCCUCUGGUCUAUAAGGAGUAA